GGCACAACCUCACACACCACCUCAGACACACCAAACACAGCACCUCACACACACCACCCAGACCCAAACUCACAACCAACAUGCCUGUAGAUUUCAACGGCAAGUGGGAACUGGAGACCAACGAGAACUUUGAAGAUUACUUGAAAGCCCUGAACAUAGACUUUGCCACCAGGAAGAUAGCGGUGCACCUGUCCCAGACCAAGGUACUGGUGCAGGACGGAGACCGCUUCCAGACCAAGACACUUAGCACCUUCAGGAACUACGAGGUGGACUUUGUUGUUGGGGAGGAGUUUGAGGAACACACCAGGGGGCUGGACAACAGGGUGCUGAAGACCCUGGUGAGGUGGGAGGGAGAGGUGCUGGUGUGCACCCAGCGAGGGGAGAAGUCUAACCGGGGCUGGAAGCUGUGGAUCCAGGGUGACCAUCUCCACAUGGAGCUCACGUGCGAGGACAAAAUCUGCAGACAGGUGUUCAAGCGGAAGGAGUAACGGAGCACACAAAUUUUUUCGUUCUCGUGUGCAUGUGUCACCUCGCUCGCUAACCCUAUUCACGUGCUCGUCGUGUUUGUCCAUUGACAUAAUAUAUAAUAUACAGUCUAUGUGUUUACCGUGUGAGUUUCAACAACAUCAGUAAAGGUUUGUUUGUCAAAUAAAUAAAUAAAUAUAACGUU